AUGAACAAUUUGCUCUCCAAACUCCUCAACAAAGCAGUGGUGAAUAGAAGUAUUAGCUCUCACCCUAUGUGCAGUGUUGUCAACCUCACGCACCUAAGCUUCGCCGACGAUAUUGUUGUUUUUACUGAUGGGUCACCUGCUUCACUCAAUGGAAUUCUGGCAGUGUUUCAGGAAUUUGCUCGAAUGUCUAGACUGCGGAUAACUAUGGCCAAAUCUACUGUCUUUGCAGCGGGAAGAGGUAAACUGGUCCUGGAAGCUGCUGCAGGAGCAGCUGGCCUCUCAGUAUCAGCUCUUCCAAUUUACUUGGGUCUGCCUCUCACAACAAAGACAAUGAUACACAAUGAUUAUGAGCCUCUACUGGUGAAGAUUCAGAAUAGGUUACUGAUUUCUGAGUCUCUGUGGGGUAAGUGGGUAAGGCAACUCUGUUGCGAGAUGUCUCCUUUUGGGACGCUAGGGAGGGCUCAACAGUGCACUCUGAAAAAACGGGAAGAUGAGUAUGGAAGAGAUUUCUCUGCUUCAGCAACAUGGGAACUGAUUUGUACUAGACGACCUACUGUCCCCUGGAGUAAGCUCGUGUGGUUUGCACAGGGAGUCCCAAGGUAUUCGUUUAUAACUUGGUUGGCAAUCAGAGAUCGGUUAUCUACGGGUAGCAGAAUGAGAGCUUGGGGACAGGUUCAGUGUUGUUUGUUAUGUGGGGAACCGGAUGAAACUCGUGAUCACCUGUUUUUCGCUUGCCCAUACACAUACACCCUUUGGCUACAAGUGAUUGACUCACUCUUGCAGCCAGCUCCAUCUCCGUAA